AUGGAUCUCUCCUCUUACUUGCUAAAACCCAUCCAGCGCAUCAGCAAGUACAGCCUACUCCUCCAGGACAUGGAGUGGGAGUGCAAGGGACAGAGCACACGGGAGGGGGAAAUGAGGGCUGCGCGAGAAGUUGUGCGAUUCCAGCUACGCCAUGGAAAUGAUCUGCUCGCCAUGGAUGACAUUCAGGACUGUGAUGUUAACCUGAAGGAACAAGGCCGACUGCUACGCCAAGGGGAGUUUGUGAUCUCCUACAGGAAGAGAAAGUGCCUCAGGAGGGUGUUCCUCUUUGAAGAUCUGAUUCUGUUCAGUAAAACAAAAAAGGCCGCCUCGGGAAAGGAAAUCUAUGUGUACAAACAGUCCUUCAAGACUUCAGAAAUCGGCCUAACUCACACUUUGGGAGGCAGUGGACUCUGCUUUGAAAUCUGGUUUCGAAGGAGGAAAUCAGAGGACACGUACACUUUUCAGGCCCCGUCUGGUGAUGUCAAGGAAGCUUGGACUGAGGACAUACAGAAGAUUCUGUGGGACCAGGCAAUAAAAAACCGAGAGAUGCGCAGACAGGAGCGAGCGUUCUCAGGUCUGGGAUGU